AUGGCCGGGGAGCUGAUUUUAGGUGAUUUCUUCUCGGACUUCAGUACAAAUGAAUUUGACUCUGUCCAGUCCACCCAAUCUUGGAUGACCGACAUCUUUGAAACUCUAGAUGAUCAGCAAGUCACUCAUGAUGAUUUGAUAUUAGAAAAUAUUCCUGAAGAAAUUAAAAUUAAGUUGGAUGCUCCUCUCUGUGACAUUCUGAAAACGGAAACUGUCGUAGAUGAUUUCUUUGUCGGCGAUGAGAUUGAAAUAAGAGAAUCUACUUCCUUGGUCUCCUCAUUCUUAGAUGAUACAGCCAAUUCUGACGAAUCUAGUGGUUAUGCAUCUUGUGUGCAAUCUUCGAACAACUGUUCUCCAAACGUGAUCCACACGAAUAAUGAGUCUUCACGCCCUACAACUAUUCGUAUAGUCCCGACGUCAGAUACAAAGUCCUUUACUACUAACUCACCUCAUAAAAUCCAUGUGACGCGUAUCAGUCCUUCUCAAAACAACACUACUGUCCGAGCAGUUUUACAGGAGUCCUCUUUUAAGCUGGACGAUAAUAAGCCUAAUCGUGUCCACUUCAUAUUGAGACCUUUACCCUCAGAUUCAUCGCAUAAAACAGUAUCUUUAAAUGAAAUAAACCUUGAAAACAAAUCUUCAGAAAAGCUCUCUUACUUAAAUGAGCACUCACACCUGACCAAUUCUAAAGGUUCAUAUAAAUUAUUGCACGUCAAUAAAAUUGAAGAAGACCCAGUAUAUGAUCGAAAUGGUGUUGUAGGAUCUUUAACGCCAUGUGGAUCCCAAUCCAGUUCGGAGUCUGACUGUAGAGAUGUUUACGACGAUGACAUGCCAUGCCAAGAACUUUUUUUUGAUCACGAAAAUCUCAAUCAAAGUCCACUCGAUCAGACCGGUUUCAAGAAGUCGCUUCUCAGUCAUCAAAACCUGAGCACUCAUUCUAGAAAUGCUGGCACCAGUAAAGGUCUCUCUAGACUGCCUGAUAUUGAUACUCCAUUCUACGAUGAUGGUUCAUCCAGUGAUUAUUCACAGUCAACGAAGAUCACACAGCAGCGGUUUUUCCAUGAUCAGAUGUACUCUCGUAUUCGUGGUACCACGCGGAUUGGGCAGUCUGAUAUCAAUCAUCCUCAUAUGUUAGUACUCACGGAGGAAGAGAAACGGACUUUAAUUGCAGAGGGUUAUUCCAUUCCAACGCGUUUACCUUUAUCUAAACAAGAUGAACGAAACCUUAAGAAGGUUCGACGAAAAAUUAAAAACAAAAUAAGUGCACAAGAAAGUCGCCGAAAGAAAAAAGAAUAUCUAGAGGCACUAGAAAGGAAAGUCAGUAUUUAUUCACAAGAGAAUAUUGAUUUGAAACGUCGUGUGGAUGGCUUAGAAAGUACAAAUCGUUCUUUGCUAGGUCAGUUGCGUCUAUUACAGCAACUUGUCAGUAAAUCUAAAUCCAGUAACACCCCAACUUCGACAUGCUCCACUGAUUCAAUCAAAACUGGAAAUCAAACAAAUCAUUUGACUACGAACGGCAGUGGUUCUGUUGAUUCUGUAACUCGAAUUACUCAUAGUAAUGGUUCACCUUCCACUUGUUUAAUGGUCUUUGCUUUAUGUUUUGCUGCCUUAUGGAUUGGGCAACCUUCAGGAAAUGGCAAUCAAAACGCACUGAACACUGGUCUAAGCUUUACUUUGAGUCCUCAAAGUUCCUUCAAUUUCUGGGUAUCACAAGUUCCACAGCGUCUAGUAUCUGGUUCAUUAUCCCAGAUUGGUUACUCGUUCUCAAAACAACCUCAGUUUAGUGAGUAUAAACAUAGUUCCUCCAAUAAUUUUGGUGUAAAAAAGUCAUAUGACACCCAGUUUGUGGCGCAUGAUUCACCACAAGAACAAACAUCAAAACUAGUCAGUCAGUUUCCUCUACAUUCUUCAGCUACUCAGAAAUUUCAUGUUCAGCGUUCGAGACUUCUUGGGGAAGCAAGUGAGUUGGAAGACUGUGGUCCUGGACAUUCAUUUUGGUCUUAUUUAUUCGGAAAUCCAACAUCAUCCAAACAUCAAAUUUGUGGUCGAAACGAUGAUCUACUCAUAACAGAACUUCAGCUUUUUGAUGACAUCGAAAGAGAUUUAAUGCUCACUCUGUCACCUAACUCAACAGAUUCUAAAUACUAUUCGAAAUUCAAUGAAUCCAAAAGCUCUUUUCAUGUAACUUGGCCACCUGUGAUAGAAUUAUCCUAA